CCCGCAUGAGGGUCACGUCAGAGAUUCCGCGCCAAAAUUGACUGACCACCAGACAGUAACAUCAACAACACACGGGUUGAUUACAGACUUACAGAAACAGACAGUGGAAGGUCACCAUGGAUCUCGGUGAGUUUGAAGCAGACAACUCGGUGAGCUGUCGCCUGGCUUCAGCAAUACCCGACGCCUGCAAGACAGAAGACUGCUGUUUGGGUAUCGAUGAAGCCGGCAGGGGCCCUGUACUGGGACCCAUGGUCUACGGAAUAUGUUUCUGUCCCGUCGCCAAAAAGGAAGCUCUGAAGAACUUAAAAGUGGCAGACUCGAAGACAUUGACAGAGGCACAGAGAGAGGAUCUAUUCAGCAAGCUGGACGAGGCCAAGAGCUUUGUAGGCUGGGCUCUUCAGAUUCUCUCACCCAACACUAUUUCUACCAGCAUGCUGCAGAGGUCAAAAUACAACCUGAAUGCUCUCUCUCAUGACGCAGCCAUUGGCCUGGUACAGUUCGCCCUGGACAGUGGAGUACAGCUCAAAGAGGUGUUUGUGGACACGGUGGGUCCUGCAGAGAAGUACCAGGAGAAGCUGUCCCAGCGGUUCCCCGGGGUGGAAGUGACCGUACGACCCAAAGCUGACUCCCUCUUCCCCAUAGUCAGUGCUGCCAGUAUCUGUGCCAAGGUGGCCAGGGACCAUUCAGUAAAAGACUGGAACUUUCCAGAAGACCUAGGACAGGUGGAUGCAGACUACGGCUCCGGCUACCCCAGCGACCCGAAGACGAAGGCGUGGCUGUUGAAAGAGCUUGACCCGGUGUUUGGCUACCCUCAGUUUGUCAGAUUCAGCUGGAGCACCACACAGACCCUGCUGGACAGCAAGGCUGUCACCGUACACUGGGAUGAUGAUGAGGAGGAUGGGGAGAAGGCUGCAGCCCGUCAGAACAACACCUCCAUGCUCUCCUACUUCAAGGCAGGUUCCAAGACCUCCGCCCAGCAGAGCAACACACACCAGACACACCGCUUCUUCACAGAGAGGAGACUGCAGAGCCUGGCCACACUCUGAGACAAGGAGAGGAAUACACACACCCACUGAGACAUGGUGCACAACACACACACACAUUCUGUUUAAAGUCUCUGUCCACUGUUUCCAGAUGUAUAUGAAAUGUGACCUAUACUUAAUUACAAUAUUACUGAAAUAGUGUUCCUUCUAAAAAAUUGGGUAUCAAGUGUGUUAAAAAGCAGCUUUUCUGUGUUGGAAUGGUGUGGGUGUACCCCAACAGCAGAAGGGUGUGGUUGUAUACUGGUCAUUAAAAAUAUUCAUGCGAGUAGACCGCCUACUUGCCAGCUCCUCCUCAGGAGGCGGGCUUUUCUGUGGGGUUUUUUCUCUCCAAUUUAUUAUUUGGCCACAAAUACGAGUAUAGGACGAGUCAACAACAUUAUUUGAGUAUGAGUCAACAGAAUAUUAACUUUCAAAAAAGUGACAUUUUCACUGGACAGUUACUUAAAGAUAUGUAGAGGAGCACACACAUACUUCACUGCAGAUGUAGAAUACAAACGUUUUUUAAGGCUGUGCGUAUGACCACAAACCUUUCUAUAGACGGUUUGCUGUGAAGACCACUGACUGAAGGAUCGAUUGAAAUGCACUUGGAGCCCAACUUCAUGAACUUUGUUGUCACUUGAAUAAUACUUUAAUGUGAAAUAAAUUGAAAAAAUAUUGUUUCUAAA